GGUCGGUGUAGUAAAGCAUGGAGCUGCUCGGGUUUCUGCUGUGGGUGACCGGCUUUCUGCGCUUAAACUCCUCAGCAUCAGGUGUAGGACGGUGUAGUCUGGAGGAGUUUACCUGCACUGCAGAGGGGGUCCACCAUUCUUCCUCCGGCAGCUGUGUGUCUCUCUCCGUGGUAUGUGACGGCUGGCCGGACUGUCCGAAUGGAGCCGACGAGCGACUGGAGGAGUGCGGAGGAGCAAAACCAGGAAAACCAAAGUCCUGUAGCAGCCCUGAGUUCAGCUGCUCUAAUGGACAGUGCGUGCCACACUCAUGGAGGUGUGACCACUCCAGAGACUGCGAGGACGGCAGUGACGAAGACAAUUGCAGUCAGAAUGAGUGUGAGGUGAAUAAUGGCGGCUGCUCUCACGUCUGUUUGGAUCUGCCGCUGGGCUUCGUGUGCGAUUGCCCCCCCGGCAUGCGGCUGGUGCAGGACACUCACUGUGAAGAGGUGGAUCCUUGUCUGGACAGAGAUGUGUGUGAUCAGCUGUGUGUCCAGUCUAGCGGCUCUCUUACAUGUGAGUGUGAGGAGGGGUACCUGAAGACUUCAGAGAGUGGGCGGUGCCUGGCCACAGGUGAUGCUGCAGGUCUGGUUUUCUCCAGCAGUGCAGGGAUUGGCUGGAUGAGCAGCUCAGGUUCAGAUCAGAGGAAAAUCUCAGACAGUACAGGAGCUGCUGGGCCUUUAGCAGCAUCCUUAGCAAACAGCACCCUCUACUGGAGCAACCCUGAGCACACAGGAGUGUACAGGCUGUCUCUGGCUGAUGGAGAUCAGACGCCUGCCGUGCUGUUUGAAGGCACCAGAGGAAUUGUGGGAUUGGCUGUGGACUGGGUGCAUGAGCUUCUGUACUGGACCAGCAAUCACACUCGAGCUUUACACGUCUCCUCUCUGAACGGAUCAGAACAGCACAGAGCGCUCAUCACCGGACUGACCCGACCCGCCGCCGUCGCUGUCCAGCCUCUGCUGCGGUUGCUGUUCUGGGCGGAUGGUGGGGUUUCACCCAGGAUUGAGCAGUCCAGUCUUGAUGGAAUGGACAGAAAAGCCCUGGUUACCUCGAUAAUACGCAACCCGGUCUCCAUCUGUUUAGAUAUUCCCCGUGGGCUGCUGUACUGGGCGGACUCAGGACUCCACACCAUAUCACGGGUCAGAUACGACGGGCAGCAUCGGAAGACGGUGGUGGAAUCGAACGGUUAUCUGGACGAGCCGUUUGGACUGGCAGUAUUUGAGGGUCGUGUGUACUGGAGUGACCAGGUGACCGGCUCGAUCUGUAGCGCAGAUAAACAUAAUGGGAGAUCGCUGAGAGUGACUCAGAACGCUGGGACGCGUUUCCCUGCAGGACUGCUGAUUUAUCACCCACUCAUCCAGCCCACGGGUGCGGUUCUGUCUCCGGCUGAGCCUGACGCUGAUGCUGCGGCGGCUGGUUCCGCCUCCCCCUGGAUCCUCUCUCUGAUUGUUUUUCUCUGCAUUCUGCUGGCAGUUCUCCUGCUGUGCUGGAGGAGAUCAGACCCAGCUCCUACUUCCACACUGAUGGAUUCGCAGGAUCCCCUCGUCCCGUCUGCACACGCCCACACACACCCAGACAAAGAUGGCACAUGCAUUGAUUUAUCGCUCUGACACGUGAAGGGAGGAAAUGGACUUAAGCUGCUGUGGCUUUUGGACAGAGUGUGUCGGUGCGUGAUGGUGUGACGUGUUUUUCAUGACCCUCCCAAAUGACUCAACACUUGCUCCUGAUGAAAAAGUCUUCUUCUGGCCCAGUAAUGGUGCUGGAUCUGGACACAGAUGUGGGCGGAGCCCAAAAAUGGCUAGAUCAAUUUAAUUUAUGCUUCAUAAAUGCUGUGCCUGGCUUUAGCUCAGCCACACUCUUCUGUAAACGAUUCUUCUGCAUCUGACUCUGAGCCAUUUCUGUAAACGAGUCUUUUGUGAACAUAAGUAGUUUCUCCCAUCUUUAUUUGACUCCUUUUUUCUAGAAUGAAUCUGAGUCUGAGUCACUUAUGUAAAGAAUCUUUUGCUAAAGUAAAUAAUGAAUCUGAAUUGGUCAAACAAAUCUUGUUUCUACACUCACUGUCCACUUUAUCAGCUCCACUGACCAUAUAGUUUCACUCUGUAGUCCUACAGUUACAGACUGUAGUCCAUCUGUUU